CUCUCUCUCUCUCUCUCUCUCUCUCUCUUUCCCCCUUAUCCCCUCCGCCUCCUCCUCCUCUUCCCCUCUCCCCCUUACCCUCUCCCUCUCUCUCCCCAACCAUGUCGUCCUCGGCUUUACUCUCCAUCACCAACCCCUUAUCCAUGGCCGAGCUCUCCUCCUCUUCCUCCUCCUCCUCACCCACCAAAUCCUCCUCCUCCUCCCUCUCUUUUCUCCGUCUCUUCUUCUCCAAACCCACCAUUCUAAGGCCCCCCCGCCUCUCAUUCUCCUCGCCCCCGCUCCCCCCUUCCCUUUCCCUCAAAAAGCGCCUUCCUUUGCUCCCCCUCGUGGCCCAAACCUCGGACUGGGCCCAACAGGAGGAGGAGGAGGAGGACAACGAGCUGGAGCUCGAGGGCUCCGAAUCCGCGGGCUUGUCGGAGUGGGAGGAGGAGGGAGACGAGGAGGGGGCGGAGCCCGCCGCGGGCGCUGUCGCGGUGGCGGCGGCGGCGGCGGAGUAUGGGGUUGCGGAGGAGGAGGGAGGUGGGGAGGAGUCUUAUCCGGAGCCGCCGGAGGAGGCCAAGCUCUUCGUCGGCAACCUCCCGUACGAUAUGGACAGCGAGAACCUCGCCCAGCUGUUCGAUAAGGCCGGCGUCGUCGAGGUCGCUGAGGUCAUCUACAAUAGAGAGACUGAUCAGAGUCGCGGCUUUGGGUUUGUCACUAUGAGCACUGUUGAAGAAGCAGAGAGAGCUGUGGGGAUGUUUAAUCGCUAUGAAAUGAAUGGCCGACUUUUGACCGUUAAUAAGGCAGCUCCUAGAGGUGCGCGCGUAGAAAGAACUCCUCGAGAGUCUGUAACUUCAUUUAGGAUCUAUGUUGGCAAUCUGCCAUGGCAAGUGGAUGACACGCGCUUGGAGCAAGUGUUCAGCGAGCAUGGCAAGGUGGUAGACGCGAGGGUUGUAUAUGACCGAGAAACCGGACGCUCUCGUGGAUUUGGUUUUGUCACUAUGGCAACAAAAAAUGAAUUGGAUGAUGCAAUUGCUGCACUUGAUGGACAGACUUUGGAUGGGCGAGCUCUGAGAGUGAACAUUGCUGAGGAGAGACCGCGCCGCAGCUUUUGAUUUGCGGAAGCCCAAUAGGGAUUUCUGAUAUGGAAGGGGGAAUGGAGCAACUUGUAGUGAACCGUGAAAAGGAAGCGAACAUGGCUUUUGCAGGAUACAAAUGUUAUAGUUACAGUUAUUUUUGUAGCUUGUCACAUGGUGUUUUUUCCAUCUGUUCUUGUUGUUAGCACCCUCUUUUCUAUUAUUAGCUUAAUGAUUUUAAUUGCUUUAUUAGCGAAUACUGAUACUCCUGUUACAUUUCGUUCCUGAAGUAAUUUGAAGUUUUGGUUUCCGCAGCAGUGUAGCAAAUCUGACUAUUUGUGGCUACUUGUGGAAUAAUGCGGUUGCUAAGAAAUCUAA